CAUCACCCAUUCACCACCCUUCACCUCAUUCCUGAUGUCUUGAAACCUUCACCCACAACCUGACGGCCAGUCAGCACCUCUCACCGUCAUUGAAAGUCGUUCGUUUUCGCCUCUUUUGCUUUAUACGGAGUAUCACCCAGCCAUUCGCUUUCGACACUCCCGAUUGCCCUCGCUCUUCGCUUCCUGCUCUUCGACGUCUGUCACGCCUAAAGCACUGACCUGUUGCAUGUUUCACGUAAAUGUCACAGCGAUAAUAGCGAUAACCUACAAGCUGGGGCCCUUGCUGCCUCCCAGCGAGACAUCCUGCUAACCAGACCCUCGUUUCAUAUGUCACUGAUCGGAGAUCGGAUGCUACUAAUGCCAUGGCUGUAAGGUUCUCAUGCAGCCUUCCAUUAGUCUAACAAAAGCUGUCUGCGACGAUCUUUUGCUCUCCUCCUUCCAUCUCAGGAGUGAGUCUUUCAGCAGCUCAGGAUGCGGUUCGCUCGCCAGAGAUCGGACAAGGCAAUCGAAGUUGUUGGCCGGGAACCUGAAGCCCGCCGCAGGAAUCGUCUCUCGAAGCCUUUAACCAACAAGCUUGCCACGAGCAUCUCUACCACUACUCUCCCAGAACCUGCCCCCAAACCGUGGAAUAUCAGUACUGCUGAGGUCCGAUCGGGUGGCCCCUUGUCGAGCCACCCGAGCACCGCUGCUCUUCGCCAGCAGAUCCGAACGGAUGUCUUCGGCUCACCUUCAGAAUCUCCUAGCAAGCACUCGAAAAAUGACUCAGCAUGGAGCGUUGCAUAUAUGGUGAAGGAGGCAGAACAUGCCCCAGUAGAAGAGCCUGGCACCCUGCAGCAGGAAGAGCAGCCGCCAUCGCCUGUGAAGCCCAAAAAGAGGAAGUCGUUGAUAUUACGUCGGUUAUCUACACAGCGCUCGACCAGCAUAAGAAGCUCCACAAGUAGUGGAAGGCUCAACUCUCUGAAUGACGAGGCUGCCGCUGUGUCCACUCCAGCAUCUUCUCUUGAUCGGAUUGUCGACGGGCCUUCAAUUCCACCAACUCGACGAGCCUCAUUCACACCCGGUGCGGCUACGAGGAAGGCUUCCAGAGCACUGAAAGAGGAACAAAUUGAUGAAGUGGCGACACCCGAGGAGACGGAAGUGUGUCAUGUUGGGACAGACUAUUUUGAGUGGCAGCCACCCGCCUGCCCGGCAAUCUUGGGAAGAGUAGGUACACCAGCCGAUCUGAACUACUCUCACCUUGCGGGCUUCCGACAUGGGUCUUUGCAGGUUGUGAAUGGUCGAGCCUCCCCAGCAAUUAGUGAGAUGUCAAAGGUUUCUCGUCACCUCUUGUCGGCACCAAAGGCCAAUAGGGAUGUCUCGAGUGAUUAUGGUGAUGCUGACGACGAGCUUCCGACAAUCGUCGGCAUUGACAGUCAUUUACCAUUGCACAGUGCAUCAAGAACGAAGUCUGAACGUCAUUAUUUGAGCCGGGAAAGUCACAAGCCGGAAGAGCACCAGACCACCAUUCGAAUCGUUACGGAAGCUGAGCCAGUUCCGACAAAAGAUGCGGAUCAGACUUCUUUAAUGGCACGCGAGUACAUGGCCGAACUCCCAGACAGCCCAUUUUCAGAGUUGAAUUCCGAUUCUUCACCUGGAUCCCUACGAAAAACCAAGUCUGAAGGCCUGCUGCGAACUUUUUCGUCAUCUUCAUCCCUCGUUGCAUCGCCGCCUAUUGACAAGCCACCUUCGGCGAGGUCACCUUCCCCUACUGGUUCUGUCAUUUACAAGCCGCGCCAUGGAGAAGAUGGCGAACGAGACCUCAACAACGUGACGCCUUGGUAUCCAUCAACACAAUUUGUUGAUGAGGGAAUCCAGUCGGUGGCCGGAUCGGAAGCGCAGACGUCCCGCGCGCGAUUGCAGCCCCCUCCAGCCCCGGAAAAGUCUGAUAGUGGCUACAGCUCAAGCACUUCGUUGAAGUCCCUUCAAAGAGAACGAAAGUCUGUACCAGGUGCGGAUGGUCAGGCAUUGCAAGUGGAGCCAACUUGCACAGCGAACACGCAGGAUGAACGACGGGAAGCGAACCCUCUCCGAUUCAGCCACAGGCCAUCGAUCUUGAAGUCACGCAAAACUGCACCUCAGCUCCCUACUUUAGCUGAUGUGCGCCCUGCUGAGGUGGCAUUGACUCCGUUGCCUGCAGCGCCUGAAUUAGGCGCUAUCAAGGCCAAACCCGUCAAAACGCGCAAGAAGCUCCAGAAGAAACGCACAUUGAGCCAACCUCCUCCCCAGGUCUCCAUCGGUCGAGUCCAUUCUUUCGAAGGUCAAAGCAUCCCUUCGGUCCCACGCGAGGCAAGCGAAGCGCUUCGGCUUCGUUCAGAAAUAGUACCCGAGCUUGACAACACGUACCUUCGAGAGACUAGCAUCGCAAGCUUUGGCCAGCAGGAAUCAGAAAUAAGGUUCCCCUCGCCUGCACCCGAGCCACCUGUGGAGAUUAAGCGAUCCCGCAGUCUCAGUCGCCCAAGAUCCUGGAUCGGCCGUUCGAAGGAAGACAAAACACCUUCUAGACGCCAUUCACUUCUCAGUCAGCAUGAGGACAACACGGCAAUUCUCUACGAUCUUGGGACGGUGGCGUCCUCCUUGGGAGGUAGUCCCUAUGACUUGGCCCAUGAGAAUAUAGUGUCUGAACAGACCAUGAAUCCUUACAAUAUCUCCACAGUUGCACCGCGACCAAGGUAUAUGAUGGAUGAUAGGACAGCAGCAGAGCUCUCGAGGUCUAGAAGUCGUCCGGUCCAUGAACGCGAUGGGAGGUUGACAAGUCGAAAGCCAUCGUUCAAUGACAGAGGGGGUGUUCCGGGCAGGAACAUCAGGCCCGCAAGUUUUGCCAGUGAUGCCCCUCCAAUUACUGCCGAGAUGCUGCAGAACCAGAGACUAGCAUCCUUGAGCAGCGUUUCCGCAGUGCCGCCUCCGCCUCCUCCACAUGCGCGACGGCCUUCCUAUGUUGACUACGAGGAGGACUUGUCCGAUAGAGCGUUUGCUCUUCCACCACCAUCGCAUUCGCCGCGACCUAUUGAUACUUGCCAGUAUCAAUGGCCACUUCAUGCUACAGCUGGGGAGACCAGGGGUCAGUCCGUUGGUGAUGCUUUGCGAGAGCAGUCUUGGAAAUCUCGUCCUUCGCAAGAUUACUACGAAGACUAUCAAGACCCUGGUUACGACGAGACUCUUUAUCAUGUGUUAUCUCCUCCAGACAACCAAGGACAGGGAUGGGGCCAAUAUAUGGAUUCGACAGAGUUGGACAUUUCGAAUCAGGACCGACACCGUGACGGUUAUACAACGUACAAACAAACCAAUUACAAUUACUCCGCCUAUGCUCAUGAGGUACCAUAUGUGUACAAGUCUCGGCACUAUUCGAUGAUGCAAGACUGCCCUUAUUCAUAUGAUGGCGCGGAUGACUUCUCCGAUUCGAUGUACCAAAAGCCCCACCGCUAUAUCAAUCCUCGAGGGUUAGGUUCUAGGAGUCGCUCGUAUGGAGCCUAUUCUCUUGGGAUUCCAGACCAGGAUAACUCAUACUCGACGUAUGGGCAGCACUUUCAGGAAACGGCGUACGACUACCAACGAGGUAAUAGUUAUAGAAGUCUGCGGGUCCGUGAAGUAUAAUCUCAACAGGAGCCAACUUUGCAUUACAAUUCCAGCAUCAAUGUUUCAGUCAUGACUGGAGUGAGAGUCCAGUUCCUUGACUUUAAAGGUGGGAAAAACACCCCGAGAACCAGUCUCUCUUUCUAGCCCUCGUUAUUUUGGUGUUUGCCAAUGGACGCCCUACAGAACAGUCUUUGGACAUUUUGUACAUUUUAGUCGGUUAUAUGUGGUGUUUUGGAGGGUUUGACUUGCACGAUUACUAUGCAUAGUUCGUUGUUUGAAGCGGGAGGAUUUAAUGAAUGGAAGAAAUCGUUUCAGCGAGGAUCACGACCCUUUUUGUGUAUACCUAGGUAAUGAGAAGUCAGUAUAUUUUUCAUCCAUAGUUUUGGAUGUUUGGACCUUGGGGGGCUCUGGGGCUUUGAGAUUGGAAUGGGACAUGCUUUUUUUAAUAUUGAACAGUGUCAACAGUGGACUCGACAGUUGAAACAGGCAGUAAGCUACAGAUUAGGUAGUCGCAGGAUACAUAUCAAGUGUUCUGUACAGUACGAGCAAUCAUCUUGCUAAUGAAGUCGACGGUGC